ACCUCUGGUUUCGCCGAGUUUUCCAUUUGAAUGAUGUAAGUGGUUUUGGUAAACUCAGCAUUUGUUGAAGAUAAGACUAUACUCAAGAGGAAACAUGUUGUUAGAAUGAAACUCAUGUUUUCCAUUGGAGUGAUUUGAGACUUAGCCAUGAAGAAAGAAGCUAAGAUUCUUGAAGCAUUUGGUUUCCUAUGUCCAAGAUGCCAAAAAAAGGAGAUGACUGGCCUACUGUAACCGAGAUGGUUCAAGCAAAUCAUCGGCUUAUUGUUUUCACUUCUGAUGCUUCAAAGGAAGCUCAAGAAGGAAUAGCUUAUCAAUGGAAGCACAUUGUUGAAAAUGAGUCUGGAGACCCCGGAGUUCAAAAGGAUUCUUGCCCACAUAGGAAAGAAUCAAAGGCAUUAAACUCUGAAGGUGCAUCGCUUUUCUUGAUGAAUUACUUUCCAACGUAUCCGGUUCAAGCUGACUCGUGCAAAGAGCGUUCCGCUCCACUCGCUGAGAUGGUGAACACAUGUUAUAAAGCUGCAGGGAAUGUGGUUCCUAACUUCAUAGCUGUUAGCUUUUACAUGAGGAGUGACGGCGGUGGUGUUUUUGAUAUUGUGGAUAAAAUAAAUGGCCACUCAUUAUGUGGAUGUGGUACAGUUGCUGCUUGCCAGGCAGGUGUCGCAGGACUCAAAAAAAACUACUUCCAAUCUUUUAUCGAGUUUGCAGUUACGCAAAGUGCCAUGUAG